AUGCCGCGCGAGAUUGUGACAGUCCAGCUGGGCCAGUGCGGCAACCAGAUGGGUUCCGUAUACUGGCAGAAGCUUUGUGCUGAGCACGGCAUCAACAAGGAGGGUAUCCUCGAGGAGUGGGCAACAGAAGGUGGCGAUCGCAAAGAUGUGUUCUUCUACCAGGCCGACGAUGAACACUACAUUCCUCGCGCCAUUCUCGUCGAUCUUGAACCUCGGGUUAUCAACGGCAUCCUGACAUCACCAUACGCCAACUUGUAUAACCCAGAGAACAUAUUUGUCUCCAAAGAUGGUGGAGGUGCGGGAAACAAUUGGGCGCAAGGCUAUUCUGCAGGGGAGCGGAUAUACGAGGAGGUCAUGGAAAUGGUGGACAGGGAAGCAGAGGGCAGUGACUCUUUGGAGGGCUUCAUGCUCAUGCACUCAAUAGCAGGCGGGACCGGAUCAGGACUAGGGUCCUUCCUGCUUGAGCGACUGAAUGACAAGUUCCCCAAGAAGCUCAUCCAAACAUAUUCCGUCUUUCCCAAUGCUCAGGAUAGCGAGGUCGUCGUGCAGCCUUACAACGCAAUGCUCACGCUGAAGCGACUCACGAAUCACGCCGACUCCGUAGUUGUCCUAGACAACGGCGCGCUAACGCGCAUUUCGGCGGACAGGCUGCACGUUCAAACACCAAGUUUCGAUCAAACAAAUCAGCUCGCUUCGACCGUCAUUGCGGCCAGUACCCAGACCCUGCGAUACCCGGGCUACAUGAACAACGACCUCGUUGGGAUUAUCGCCUCGCUUAUACCUACUCCUCGAUGUCAUUUCCUCAUGACGUCCUACACACCGUUCACCAGCGACCAGAUCGACAAGGCCAAACCGAUCCGCCGCACGACGGUGCUCGACGUAAUGCGGCGCCUGCUGCAGCCCAAGAACUGCCUGGUUUCAACCUCUCCGAGCAAGACCGCAUGCUAUAUCUCCAUCCUGAAUAUCAUCCAGGGUGACGUCGACCCGACAGACGUCCACCAAUCGCUCUUGCGCAUUCGCGAGCGGCAGCUUGCCAACUUCAUCCCAUGGGGUCCUGCAUCCAUCCAGGUUGCGCUCACGCGCAGGUCACCAUAUGUGCAGACGAACCACCGCGUCAGCGGGCUCAUGCUCGCCAACCACACCAGUGUCGCCUCGCUGUUCAAGCGCAUGAUCGACCAGUUUGACCGCCUCAGGCGACGCAACGCAUUCGUGGAGCAGUACAAGAAGGAGAAGAUAUUCGAGAACGGCCUCGAGGAGUUCGAUGAUGCACGCGCGACCGCCGAAGAGCUGCUCAAAGAGUACAAAGCGUGCGAGAGCGCGGACUACAUCACAUACGGCGCUGGCGAGCCCGACGCUGCGGCGUGACCGGACCCCAGGCGCACGGUAUACGAUGCGAGCUGCUGCGCGGCGCAAGGUGUACUUCGAGAGGUGGGGCGGGGUGUGUCUGUAGUACCGGCGUGGGACCCGACUUCUUGUAUUCUAGCACACGAUACAGCGCACACGCUCC